AUGUUGAUGAUGAGGAUGUCCUGGAGGACACAGGACAUCCAGCGGGCACCCCGGCCACACAAUCACCCUGGCGGGGCCGUGGAAGGUUCUGGAAGGGAGCCUGCGGGUACCCACCUGCGGGCACCUCACCCGCCUGCGUGGGACCGGUGGCCCCGGGGGCUUCCCGCCACCGUCCUCUCCCCCGCCGCGUGCGGUCUCGGGUGCGCGCGUGUGCGCGGCGGGGGGAGCAGGGGGCGGACACAGUGGAAAUUUCCACUCCCUGCAGCAGCCACAGCAGCCACCACCGCGGCGGCGGCGAGGAGGAAGGCUGGCGCAGGCCCCGAACCGCCGCAGGGGAGAGGCGGCUCCCGCCCAGCCGCUCGGCCCGCCCGACUCGGAGCCCCCUCCCCGGUGCCGGGCGUCCCCCACUCAGCGCCCCGGGGACCGGGGCGGCGGGACAGCCGCCGGGCGGGCAGUUGCUCGCGAGGCCGCGGCGGCGGAGGCGGUGCCUGCGGCGGGCAGGGGGCGGCGCGGCGGAGCGUGCGCAGCUGCCGGCGCCCUUUAAGCCGCGCCGCCCGCCCGUCCGCUCGGUGUGUGUGCAGCCCGGGAACCGCGCGGGUGGAAGCCGCUGCCAGCAGCGCCGGGGCAGCGCUUUCCUCCUCUCCUCCUCCGUCGCCCCCCUCUUCUUCCCCUGUGCCUCGCCAAUCCCCGCUCCUCCCGCCACAGCCGAGCUCUGCGAUGCCCCGCUAUGAACUGGCUUUGAUCCUGAAAGCCAUGCAAAGGCCUGAGACUGCAGCUGUGCUGAAGCGCACUGUAGAGGCUCUCAUGGAGAGAGGAGCCAUUGUGAGGAACCUCGAAAACCUGGGAGAAAGGGCUCUGCCGUAUAAAAUCUCCAAGCACAACCAGCGCCACAGAAGAGGAGGGUAUUUUUUGGUAGACUUAGAGGCCCCACCUUCAAUUGUAUCGACCAUGAUGGAUCAUUUAGGACGUGAUAUUGAUGUAAUUAGACGUGCUUUUAUAAAGCAUCCUGUGUCAAAGACAGAAGAAUGCAGUGGCAUAGUCCCAGUCAACUAUGAAGACAAACUAAUUCCCAGGAAGAGAUGAAUAUUUUAAAUUGCAUGUUUGAAACUUUUAAGAGAUUUUUUUAGUCCUACUUCUGAAUACAAUUUUGAUAAGUAAUGUCCAUCAAAAAUAAUCGGUUUUAGCAAUGUUAUGUGCGUGGUAUAGUACGCUUAAGUUAUUGUAACAUUUGAGAUUUCUUUUAAAACUGUUUAAAAUAACGUGAGUAGAAUUAAUCUGUAUGCUUAUCUUGAUAUUUGACAGCUCUGAAAAUGGAUUUUCUUUUCUCUUAGAAUAUUACAUUGAUAAGAUUUAUCCAUCAUCACAAGACUCAAAAUAGCAUUCUUUUUCAAAGACAGAUUACUUCAUAAUAUGCAUAUUUACAUAAGAGAUUAAGAAGUCUACAGUGUAAAUAUAGCACAAUAGUAUGUGAACUGUUUGAGGAUUUUUUUGCUUGUUUUUGGAAAAAGAUAAUAAAAGUGUGAUUAAAAAUAAAA